AUGGCCAGAUUGAAACGCAAAGAGCCGCAGAGACAGACAAAGAAUAGCCGCAAGUGCAGCAAGCAGCCAACGUCUAUGCCUGGAUUGGGAACGCUAAACGCAGACAUCAUUAUAAACAUUAUCGAUCAAGCACACAGAGUUGGUCUGUAUGACAUAAGCCACUUGAUAUCGCAGCUCAAUCGACAUUUGUACGGGAUCGUCUACUCGUACCAUCGCUCCUUCUCGGCUCUCAGCCUCGACGUCGACGGCAGCGCAGCCAAAGUCAUUGGCAAAUUCGCUUUCAACCAGCUCAGAGGGAAGAGGGAUAGCAUUGAUCGUCUCAGUCUUAAUGUCAAGGCGAGCGCUGUACUCGAUACUCUGUACAGUACCGGCAUGUUCGACCUUAUCAAACAGCGCAUCGGCGACUGUACAGGCAUACUACAACACCUACAUCUCAAUAUCUACGACGGAAAGUCACAGAAGCUAUGCAUACCCGCUAAACACGUCUCUAUGGUUGCUAGCCCUACUUACGACAGCUACCCACUCUUGCAGGGUUUCAGCAACGCCACUUGGAAUAAAAGCAUAAAAUCUCUCACACUCACUAACGUCGAUUUUUCACCUGGUGCUAUCAGCCGUCUUUCCGAAUGGCCCGAGUGUCAAGAUAUCUGCCUCGAAUACAAUGGCAUUGUCGCUCCACGUAGUUCGUCUUCCCCCUUCUUCCGCAGAAACAGUGGCGGUAUUUCUACAACCAUACUCACUAUUGCCGACGGCUGCAGUUCCCUCCACAGCCUCUCCAUCGUCAACUCGACAUAUGCCAAUUUCUUUGAGACGGACAAGACUAAAUAUGGCUACCUUGCGUCAAUGUACUCACUUAAAGAGUUGCACAUAGUCCGGGUCAAUACCUUCACACUCCGAAUUUACACACCUAAUCUCGAAAAAUUAAAGUUGGAAUGCUGUACCGACCUCGACGCCCAAAUCAGGAAACUGAGUCCAUCAAUCACAUACCUCUCCAUUGCCUAUGGCUCAUUCAAAAAGAUGCCCCGCUUCAUCCGUUCAGAUCUCGCCAAACUGGAUAAGCUCCGUUCGUUGGAUGUUUCAUAUACGCAGGAUGAAUUUAUACAGUUUUUCUUCAAAGACAAGAAGUACAUUAGGGCAUUGAGCUCACUAGUACAUCUUAAUGUCAGUGGAACUGUGGUGAAUGGGGAGCAUCUCUACGAUUGCGUUGCUAAACUUAAACUCGAUCAACUCGUUGGAAUCGAUUGUCCAUUCAUAGACAAAUCAGAUCAGUACGCGCUUUCGAAGAAAAUCAAGAUUGUCUGGUUGGAUAAAGUUAAGAAGGGAUUUCAGUAUGACGACGAUAUAGUCUUCGAUAGAGUGCAUACAGCCGCAAUAAGAGAUAUGGGUCGCCGAUCGAAUGAAGCGUCUGAUUCAGAGUCGGAAGCUGAGUCGUAUGUAUCAGAUGCCGAGGAGGCAGAUUCCAAAUCUUCUAUUGGAUCUGAUGGAGAGGCUCAAGUAGAAGUGGAGGAGGAUGAAUACGAGAGUGGGCUCGAAAGCGAAGCUGAUGUCAAGCCUAUAAUAGCACAAGAACCAGCGAGAGUCAGAGGGAGUAAUUCACGAUACGAUUGGCGCAGACGUGAGCCGCCAUCACCACCCAUUACCCGUAGCAGCACGACAAGAUGA